AUGUUUGAGAAUGCAGACAGAUGCUGCAGACAACACGAUCAUUGUGAGCACAUCAUUCGAGCCUUCUCCGUCAACUUUGGUGUCUUCAACCCCACCCUGUUCACCAUCUCGCACUGUGACUGUGACCACAGAUUUAAGCAGUGUCUUCUCGCUGGUAAUGACACCAUCUCCAACAUGGUGGGCUACAGUUUCUUCAACGCUCUUAAAAUUCGCUGCUUCGAGUUGUACCAAAGGAAACGAUGCACCCAGUUCAACUGGUUUGGAAUGUGCACAUCAUUUCAGGAGGCACCUGUAGCGGUACUGAAAGAUUCCACACCGUACCAUUCAACAAUUCCAAAUAAUGAAAGCCGCGACAUCACUGACCCGUCAUGCAAAGCAGAGCUAAUGAAAUCAACACAUAAAAACAAACAACAAAGCUCUAAAUCCAAACAAAUGAGGCUGCACGAGGAGCAGAACUGUGUUUCAGGCAAACAUGUGAAGCAAGACGCUUUUCUGCUCAGUCAAAAGUCAGUAAAGAAAAGUGAUAAAAAGAAGAAAAAACAAGCGGCCAAGCUUCUAAAAACUGUGCGGUCAAACUCCCCCGUCACCUUCACACUUUCACCCCAAACUCACACCUCCGCAAUAAAGCAGAGGACAUCUCUGAAAAACAAACUGAAAAGGAAAAACAUGAAGAGAAAAGCAAGCGUUACUCCUUCAUCUGUAUCUGUAACAAAAUCACUCCUGAAUCUAAAGACAUCUACCACCGCUCCAUCAAAACUAACGGCGGUAACAAAAUCAAGUCUUCAAAGAAAGAAAAACAAGAACAAAUCUCACAGCAGAAGUGCAGUAACAUCUAGAAAAUUAAAGAAAUUUACAACACAGCCUGUCUCAUACUUCAAGAGGACAUCAUUACCAGCAAAAACAUCAACAAGGCAAGAAUACUUCCAAAAGAUGAAACCUCUUCAUUCAGUCUGAAAGUCCCGUGUGGCACGCUUGUGUUUCUCAUUACCAGCAGAUGAGUUUUGUAGGUCAUGAGAAUGUAGGACUUUUCUGUAAAGUGUAAUUGUAAAAAUAAUUGUAAGGCAGCAUUGUUACACUUCUACCAGAGGUCAAAUAAUACAAAACCAAAAUGAUACAGAGAACUUCGCUCCAGUGAUUAUUGAUAGGUGUUGUUUAAAUCGGUUUUAUUGUGUCUGGACAACCGUUUAAGACAGAACUCAGAUUCUGGUGGGCUGGAUUUGGGCAGAGUUCCAAACAAGAUUCGCUGACAUGAUGUAUUUUUAAAUUCAAUGUUUAUGUUUUGCCCAGAAUAUCUUGGCUCAGUUAUGCAACCAACAUUCUGAUGUUUAAGAGAUGGUGCAGUGGACAGAUUUCAUGUUCAAAUGCAGCGACUGGGCCUCUGCAGUCUCAUCUAAGAAAUUUUUCGUAUUUGUACCAGUAAAUGAGUACAGAACAUCAGUAUGGGCGCAUAUGCUUACAGAUUACUGCCACAGUCACAGACUUUGCUUUUAUGUCUGUGUCAAAUGACUAACCAAGU